UGAAGGGCGAGUUCAUUUCAGUCCCCAGAAUCUUCCCCAAAUCCUCCCCCCGAGAUGGAGGCUCCCGGUGAGAAGGCGGCCCGAGGGCCGGUGCUGUCGGAGGCGGUCCUCGGCGAGGUCCUCUUCCGCCUCCCGCCGGACCAGCCGGCAUGCCUCUUCCGCGCGGCGGCCGUCUGCCAGGCGUGGCGCGCCUUCCUCACCAGCCCCGACCUGCUCCGCAUCUACCGCGGCUUCCACGCGGCGCCGCCAGUUCUGGGCUUCCUGCAGAACACCGGCCGCUCCGACGAGCCGUUUCCUCGCUUCGUAGCCACCGCCGCCCCGUCCCCGCCGCUCCACCACCGGCCGGAGUUCGAGUGCAAGUACGGGCUCGCGCUCGACUGCCGCCACGGUCGCGUGCUCCUCCACACGACAUUUCCCCUCGGCCUCAUCGUCUGGAGCCCCGUCGCCGGCAACCACCAGCUCCUGCCCGAGGAGCCUAUCCAGCUCGACCCGCCUGAUCCUCCCUACAGCGACUUCGCCGGGGCGGUGCUCUGCGCGGUGGACGGCUGCGACCACCUCGACUGCCCCCCUCAGGGGCCGUUCCGCGUGCUCUUCGCGGCCACCUCCUACGAGAACGUCGACGUGGUUUCCACAUGGGCGAUCCUCUACUCUUCGGAGACCGGAGCCUGGACCGAGCCGAGCACAGUCCACCCCGGCGCCGUCAUGAACUCGCCCGGCGCGAUGAGCAUCAUGGGCCCAAGUCUGCUCGCCGGCGACGCGCUCUACUUCACCCUGGACCUCCUCAACAACCGCACUGUUCUCAGGUACGAUUUGGGCGGGGCUGCCCUGACGGUGAUGGACCCUCCACCGUUGGUUAGGAGGGACACGUUCCUGGUGACCGGGGAGGGUGGAAGGCUGGGAGUUGCCGCCGUGGAGGGCUACAGCCUCCGCCUCUGGUCCUGGGAGGCUGCUGGGGGAUGGGCGCUGCGCAGGGUCUUCGACCUGGAGAUGUCGAUACCCUUUACCAUCGGAGCCCCCAUCACUGAGCUCAAGGUGAUCGGCUUUGCAGAGAUGUCCGGUACCAUCUUCGUCAGUGCAAAUGGCAUAAUCUCCAGUGUCCAGUUGAGGUCUGGCUCUGGCAGAGUCAGCAAGUUCAGCAGGACCCCCAAUUCCGACACUAUCUUUCCCUUCGAGAUCUUCUACACUCUAGGAACGCAGCAGGGGGCAUAAGCAACACAAGUUUCCAGUGCAAGGUCUUCUACAUCAAGCUGGAAGUACCUAGUGCUGCUGAAUGCAGAUAGUUUUCUUGGCCUUCUCUGCAAGAUGGUGACUGCAAUAGAAUUGUAGUACUCUCUUUGUGCUUUAGGUACUUAGUUUGCAAUCAGAUUAGGAGAAUGAUAUUGCUCCUCGUGAUGACUUGAUGAUUUUUCCAGGAAUCCAUACUUACAAACUAAGUGUGCUCGUUCAAGAUUUUUACUGUAGCUAAUGUUCAAUUCAUGGUCAGUUUCUUUUAUGGAAUUUUGAACUCAUGUGUGACGCUGCUUCUCUAGUUCUCUUUCCCUGAAGAAAUCAAGAAAGUGUCUGUGUGGGUUUGUCUCAGUGCAAAUAUUUUAAACAUGGUUUGCAUAAGUAGCUUCAGAAUUUAAUUUAAUCAAUGCACAUAGCAGGUGGAUAUGAAAAUGUUUAAAGUUAUGCUGGUAUAUUUUCAGUUUGUUUGUGCGGUAUGAAUGGAAUGAGUUUUUUUUAAUACAAAUUAAAUUUCUGACUAAUAACUUGGUUACCUGUUUUAACUUUUAAGCACGAGAGCUACUUCUAUUUAGAAAUUUCUUUAAUGUAGUUUGGUUAAGCUUGAUUUCUAUCAAACAACUUUGUGCAAGUGUGGCUGUUCACUGGUGGAGCUGCGGAUAAGAUGUUUCUGCUGUUUGGUUAGCAUUAGCUGUAACUUGAUGGUCCUUGUUGUUGGCAACAGAAAAAAAAAAUGUUCGUUGAGAGCAAAUGUUUGAUUCAUCAACCUGUUGAUGUUACUUUCAUAAUUUGUCUAUUUCUGUAACAUUGGGAGCAGUCUCUACAUGUGAGGGACCAAGUGCAGGUGCAUCAGUCAAAAGGGAAAAUGGUGAACAACUUGGGUUUUUGGUGGAACAACUCUUUAGCAUUAAUGAGGUUAGUGGUGGCCUAAUUUGUUGACCUUUAGUGGUUCUGCUCAAGGUAUCUCAUCUCUUCAAUUUCUUAGCUAGGUUGAUCAUGGUGUCAAGUUUGAUGAACUUUUUUGUAAGUUGAUAACCAUAUUCUACCCUACUCUGUGUGAACUCCAGAAUUGUACAUAGCAUUGAAAGUCUAGAAUGACUAAUCAGAUAUAGGCAUUUGAAUUGAAAUACCGUAACUUUAUAAGCGUCAUCUUACUCUUGGCCAGUUUAGUUGGGUUCAACGUAUUGUGCCUUCAAAUUGAUUGGAUAAGCAGACUAGCAGAGACUUGUUAAUUUGUUAUGAUAUCUCUUGUGGGUAUUCUGGACUUCUGGUAAGUAUUCAAACUAGUAGAGAUUUUAUAUUUGUGAAUCUUGAACCGCAAUGCGUUUUAACAAGAUCAUCAAACAGUAUUGAUCUUGAGCCUGGGAUCCCAGGAAAACUGCAAAGGAGCUCAGCCAACAAGUUCAUCAGUUUCUUCUAAAACAUUCGUCAUCCUGAAUCUUGAUUUCAGCUAUAACUAGUAUGAUUUUUAGAUAAUGGUUAUCAUCCUGAAUCUUUAUUUCAGAUGUAAGUAGUAUGACCUUAGAUAAUUAUAAGUAUUAUGGGACAACUAGAGAUCAAGCCAUCUAUACAGAAUUUCAGAUACUGAAUCUUCUUGCUGCAGAAUACGGUGUUCGACUGAUUGUUGGGAUGCUGUGGCAGUUGUUCAAGCUCUGCUCCGCUGUUGAAAGUCCAGACUCUGACGUUCAUAUGCUGGCCAAGGUAGUCGGUACCACAGCUCCUGGUUGUUACCAAAAUCUCUGGACACUGGCCAUUUGUUCCCGGGGUACACUGGACGACACAGUCAAUGAUGGGUUCAGGUUUAGCAUUGCCAGUUAUCCUAUCUCAGAGCGUGAACCGCAUUGUAGUUUUGCUGGAGAUUCCUCAGUCCAUUGCCCUGAACCUAUUGAGUCAAGGGUGAAUCCAUUUCUUCAAUGUGAAUGCUCAGCAUUGUAGUGAAGAGCGCGGCAAAGCUGUUACUUGCGGACAUUGCACUGGGAAAAUUGAAAUGAACGAUUUUGCUUGGUUUU